AUGUUGUUAAAGUCUAACAUGUUGCACAAUUUGAAUCACAAGUAGAUUAACAUUGAUUAUUUGAUACAUUUAAAUAUGAUCCAACAUCACAUGUUAAACAAUGUGUAGUUGUAGUUUAACAAGUUAAGCAAUUGGAAUCACAAGUAGAUUGACAUGUAUUAGUGGCUACAUUCAUAUACAUGUUAAUAUCACAAGUCAAGCAAUAGGUUGUAGUUGUUUAGCAUGUUAAACAAUUAGCAUCACAGGUUGAUUAGCAUUCAUGACUAGAUUAAUUUAUAUACAUUCCAGCAAUGCAAGUUAAGCAAUGCGUAGUUAUUGUUUGGCAAGUUAAACAAUUAUUAUCACAAGUAGAUUAACAUAAAUGAUUUGUUUAAUUUAAAUAAUAUCCAUUUUAACAAGUUAAGCAGAAAGUAGUAGUAUCUUAGCAUGUCAAGCAAUUAGAAUCACAUGAUACUUAGCAUUAGUUAUUUGAUUAAUUUAAAUACAUACUAAGUGGGCAAGUUAAACAAUGAGAUGAUUCUAAGUAACAAGUUUAACAAUUAAUAUCACAGUUAGGUUAACAUUAGGAUGUUAUUAGAUUUAAAUACAUACUAGGAUUGCAAGUUAAACAAUGCGUAGUUGUAGUCUCGCAAGUUAAACAAUUUACAUCACAUGAAGAAAAACAUUAGCUUGUCAAGAUACUUAAGUAUUCCCCCGAGUGA